AUGGAGGCUGACAAUCCCUCGACAUUCAGCGCGAAGCCGCCCCCGCUGAGUUCAGAUCAGCUUAACUAUCUUGUCUGGAGAUAUCUCCAAGAGUCCGGAUAUGCUGAAGCAGCUGUCAAACUCCAACGCGACUGGAGAGUCAACGCAGAGAGUCUUCCCUUCGCUAAGAGCAUCAAAGGCCAGGCUCUUGUGUCUCUCGUCCAGAAAGGCCUCCGUUACCACCACUUAUCACUGACCAUCGACGAGAAUGGCCGGCCGUCUAAACAACUCGACCCGUCCAUGUUCUUCUUCGGUCCGGAGAGUGCCAAACCUCUACCAGAACUGCCACUGCCUGAAGAGACCGUUACCUCGGCGACUUCGCCAGCUGGAUCGACUACCACCCUACAGAACAAGGGUCGUGAUUAUGUGUUCCCCGAGAUCCCUAUUCAGCCCCCUGCCAAAAGAAGUCGCAAGGCAGAACGCAACGGGAGUGGUGCGCGCAAGGUGUCGGCAUCGGCAAGUCGCCAUGGAAAUGCGCCUGCCACCGAUGUGGAAAUGACCAACGGCCAUCCCACUUCCCGAGCGGACGCCAGGUCGCCCUCUGCAACAGAAGCGGGCCCCGACGACAACGCCCAUCUCGUGAAUGGAACCAGGACGGAUGACCGUAUGGACGUGGAUGAUGAUUCACUCCCCGCGGAGCAAGCGCACCACGAACCUCAUGUUGAAGUCUUACCACCUCCAUCCCAUACCCUAACCAAUGGGGAGAGCAUUGGUGUUCAAGUCGCGCCCGCCAAGGUCACAAAUCUCUCCGCUUCCACCAGUCUCCUCCAGAUUCCAUCCUCCGCCGGAUUUGAUAACUCGAAAUCUAUCACGCGGACCGCGUGGCAACCCGGCGACAAAGAUUCUCUCACAGCGCUGGGAGACAAUUUCUGUGGGGUAUGGAGGUCCAAGAGCCAUCCUUCCUAUCCCGACCAACAUCCUCAUUUCCAGGAACUUGUAGACCCUGCCGAGGUUAAACUGAUUAGUGCUCUCGCUUGGGAUCCGGCUGGCGAUAUUCUCGCGGUGGCUACUUAUACCGAUCCUUCGGGCGAGAUACUGUUGUUUGACGGCCAGGAAUUCAACCUUAUGGAGGCUUUGCCGGCGUCUCAGAAAGCCAUCACGACAUUACGAUGGCACCGACAGGGAUCACGUCUGCUAGGGAUCGCCCCAUUCUCGUCCGAUGUACCUGAAGCGGCUCACAAUGCUGGAUCUACUAUUCUCUUGUGGGAUUUGUCGGAGGCGUCGAACAUCACUAGGCCAUUAUCGGUAUCGGUUCCAGAGACCUUGAUGGACAUCGACUGCGCCUCAUUCGACAUGAACGGCAUUGUCUGCGCUGCUGGGGGAAACGCCGUCUACCACUGUCGGGCCUUUUCCGACCUCGGCAUCGAACACAAAUGGACAUCGAAUCCCAAUGAGAAUGAUUCAUGGACUCUUGUCAGAUGCGCUUGGGGAGGGCCGAUGGAUGGCAUUGUGGUUGCGGCGUCUGGCGAGAGUGGAUCUCUCUGGUUACCUGUCCAAGCUCUGAUGAAAAGAGAAGCGCAUGAUGCUCCCAUCACCGGCCUCGAACUGCGCCCUUACCCACCUGGCACAUCAAGUUCAACGUCGAAACGAGAAUUUGCCACGUCCUCAACAGAUGGGACCGUCAAAGUCUGGCUGUACGACGAGGCUAAUAAUACCAUUCUCUCACUCUGCAAGCUCAUCCUCGGUCAUGCUUCGCCUGCGAUGACGCUCUCAUAUUCUCCCGAUGGCUUCUGUCUGGCAGCAGCUAGUUACGACACAGUACGCAUCUGGAAUGCUGAGCACGGCCACAACCACAUGGCGACAUGGAAAGGUGAACCAGAUUCGUGGGGUGGUUCAAAGCUGAAAGAAGACGACAUAAUGAGUAUCGGUGGUAUGUCUGGUAUGAAUGGAGAUGGGCCCCAAGCCAUAGCCGAUCAUACUCUGGCAUGGGAUUCCGAGAGCAGGAAGCUUGCUUUUGGCCUUGGGUCGCAGAUUGCCGUCAUCGAUUUUCAACGCUGA